AUGGAAAAAGCACUGACAGAUCAACAAGUAUGGGAAACCUUCAACAAAACCAUUGAAAAAAGGUUAGAAGGAUAUUACGUUCGUCUACCUUGGAAAGACAUACAGCUAUCACUACCUGAUAAUAGAGCAAUUGCACUCAAUAGACUCAUAAGUGUUUGGAAAUCUCACUACCUGACAUCACUGCGGGAAAAGCAUCAGAGUAAUUCCACACAUAGAAGCUCGAAAUAUACGCCUAAAGAGGACAAUCUAGUAUUAAUCAACGACCCGGCACAACCUCGAUAUUCGUGGAAGAUGGGUAGAAUUACGGAACUCGUCAAGAACUCACAAGGUAUCGCACGGGAAGCCGUUAUUCAUCUACCAUCACACCGUCUAAUUCGACGACCACUCAAUCUUUUAACACCCUUAGAAUUAGAUGAACCUACAUUACAGCACAUACAAAGAGACCAAGGCCAAUUUUGUGAUGUCCAACUCUCCGAAGUCUUAAAAAUCAACCCUUUCACAAGAGAGGCCUGCUUUAAACUACUCAACGACGAAACAUCACUACACGAAAUAAGAAUCAAAUGGAAGUCAUUAACACUAACUUGCGAACCCGAAACGGACUUAUUUACGCGAGAUACCGCGCACCACGUCAUCGACAGCAAGCGAUGUCCACACACAGGAUCAUGCAAAGGAGAGAAGUGCGCAGGAAUAAAUGCCACAAGUCUCAUACCAAAACUUGCAAUAGGAAAUAAAUACCCAGGAAUAACAGCCUGCGUUGAAUCUUGUAGAGGUCCAGGUUGCGACUGUUUCUAUUGGAGCUCGGGAUGCCUAUUUUACCGCAUUUACUUAUUUCCAACAUCUUCAACAAUCUACGAAAUCUUCCACUGCAAUCGCUGGAAAGAAGCUGCCAAAGUGGAAAUCACAUACUUCAACCAAUCCCACGUUACACAGAUACGACCGAACAUUCCAUUCAAACACCAGUUUUUCACGCUCACACUUAGCUCCAUAACAGUGCCACCGAUUCCCAAACUCAACACACUAUUUAUAUCCGACGGAAAGCGAACAGCAAUCUGGAACUCCCAUAUAACGCCACCCCUUAGAUGCGCGAACCAAGCAGCAGCUGAAAACCUUAACUGCUCGAUGGAAAGCGACUGCACCUGCUAUCCAGCGGAAACGCAGGCUAAUUGCAGAUGUGAAGACGUAAAAAUCGCAUCAUGGUUCAACAACGUGCAAAACAGGCUACCAAUAAUCCUCCCUUCGAUAUCGUUCCAACAAAACCAAGAAGGAGAAAUCACCGCAAAAGUCCUCAGUAUGAGAACAGCAGAAGUGAUCCUCAACAUUCAGAAUAAACUCGAAACCAAUAUCGUAGUAGAUAAAGAUAUACGUACUGUGGACGAUACCGUAAUACAGGGAUGUUAUCGCUGCCGCAAAGGAUCAAAAGCACAGGUGCGAUGUAAAUCAUCAAGGCCUAUCCAAGCAGAAAUAGCACGCCCUUCAGCGACCUUCUCAAUACCCUACUGUAAAUCGCUCAACAUAUGGCAUAUUCCAAACUUCUACUCAAUCUGCUCUACUACUCUACUCUACUAUUCACACCAUAUUUUCACUAUUAAACAAUCCCUAACUUCUACUCAACCUGCCCAACUAUUCUGCUCUGCUAUUCACUACCGUACUUUUUCCAUACAAUGCUGUAACAUAAUAUUAAUAAACAACUCCAGAUGUCAACCAAAAUGGACAAGGCUACUCAAACUCCACGAGCACCACAGAAAGACGCCAUCACACAAACACAAAUCAAAGCAUUUCUCCACGCAGCUACACAAACGGGAACCGACAACACCAAGCCAACUGCCAACACUGCAACUCAAACGAGACGUUUCCGCCCCACAGGACAAACCAGCGUCGCGAUACAAACACUGCUCCACAAAGUGCCAGGCCUAUCAUCAAGGGCGACUCAAGCGGCUUGACUCUUUCCCGAACACUGAUUCCCUGUGCGCUACCGAGGCGGCGGAGGGAAUAUAG